AUGAGCCCAGCAGCAUUGCAGCAGCAGCACAAUCAACAGCAACAACAACGCCAGCAGCAGCAGCAGCAGGAUCAGCAGCAACAAACCACCGGUAUGGAGAGAUACUCAGCAGCUUUGUCUAGCUCCUGGAAGGUAUGCUCGCAGGUGCAGCACAAGCUGUUGCUGCUGCUGCUGCUGCUGCUGCUGCCGUCACCAUGGGGGAACAGUGCUGCAGCAGUGGAGUUUACUGGGGGCAACGACGGAGGCGCAGCACCACCACAUGCAGCAGCACCGCCGCAUGCAGCAGCACAUGACCGUGCUGCUGCUGCUGCUGCUGCUGCAGCAGCAGCAGGGGCCCCUGCAGCAGCAGGCCCAGGGCCCCCUACGCUGCGCUUUCCUGAGCUAAAGAACCUUAUGGAUGCGUCUGUGGGGAGGACGAGCGCAGACAUUUCUCUUGCAGGCUAUCAGGGAACGAAGACUAAGAUGGAGUCUGUGCUGCAGCUUGCAAAGGAGCAGCAGAAGCAGCAGCAGCAGCAGCAGCAUACGAAGGAGCAGCAGCUGCUGAGGCAGGCAGAGAGCCUAGAAAAUUCUACACCUCCUCUUCUUCAUCCCCCUGCUGCUUUAGCUGCUUCCUUUACACUCAAAGAGAUCCCUGAUUUUAUAUUAGCGGGGGUUACUGAGGUCUUCUUUGCCUGCCGCGUACACACCAGCAGCAGCAGCAGCAGCAGCAGCAGCAGGAGAUCUGCGCUGCUGUGCAGCGGCCAGCCACCUGUGGGUCAGGGGGGUUUUGAAGUGACGUUGGGCUUUGAGCUAGUAGGCGGCGAAUUCCCUGGGAUAUCAGCAGCAAGAGCAGCAGCAGAAGCAACAGCAGCAGCAGCAGCAGCAGGUGCUGCUGGAGGAGGAGAAGCAACAACAGCAAGACAGGGAGUAGCAUAUGCUGCAACUUGCAAGAUAGGCCUCAAGAAACAUAGAAGAGAAACAAUAUAUUUGUUUGGGUUUCUUGAAGCAGCUCUAGGGCUUUGUCAGACCCUCGGCUACUCUAGACAGGCGUAUAUACACACUAGCUUCCCUACACUUGAAUAUCUUCUUGAGCUGCAGCAAGACAGCAUAUUGCUGCUAGACUUUAGAGCUGUAUCUUCCCGAUAUGCUGAGUUUGGUGAAGCAAUUCCUCUUGUUGCUGUUAACCCCAACCCUUCUCGUUCGAUGGUUGCUGCUGCUGCUGCAGGAUCAGGAGCAGCAGCAGCAAUAGCAGCAGCAGCAGCAACAGCAGCAGACGAAGAAGAAGAAGCACCUCCAACUAGGCGACCCAAGGACCCGCACCUAAACCAAGUAACGGAGGCGCAACUUUUGUCUCCAGAUCCUCUGAAUGAUAUAUCGUGGCUGGGUAUUGCUGCAGCAGCAGAUCCUCUUGCUGCUGCUGUUGAUCGUGUAUGGUUGGGCAUGCAGCACGUCGUAUUAACCGAAGGAGUUACACAAACAACUGAAGAAAACUGCUCAAUUGCAUUAGGUUUAAGGAGACAAGACUUUGAAGCUUUUGGUGCUCUUCCUGGCAGUCAUAGGAUCCCAAGCUGUACACCUGGUGGCCGUCUAUUAGAGUGUAUCAGGGAGCUGCGAAGGCUGCAGGCCCCCUCCCUAACAGGCCGCUUAAUUUUCCUGCUGCAGCAGCAACUCCUUGCUGCAAUCCCUCGCGAACCGCUACAGGCAAGCCGCAUGACUCAUCUGCUGCGGAGACAAGGGGUGUGGCUGCUGCUGCAGCAGCUAUUAGGAGGUGCAGCAGCAGCUAGGUUAGAGGAGCCUGCCCAGAGGGAAUGGUAUAAUAAACAUAUGUAUGAAGUAACAGCAAGCAAUUAUAAAAGCUAUCCUUACAAUAUAUUGAAACAUUAUAGGCAUACUCUACGCUCAGAGGUGCUGCGCUUCGGCACUCUAUACUUAGACCUCUUCUCUACACAAACAUACUGGAAUACAUUUAAGCGGGGCUGCUUCCUUCAGGCCUGGGGCCAUGCAGAUGCAUUAGGUUCUGUCUUCAUUAGAAACUCCCCUGUCGGUACCUUGAGGCUGCAUCAAGCAGCAGCAGCAGCAGAAGCUGCUGCUGUUGCUCCUGCAGCCCACGGCACGCAAGGCGAGCAUCAUCACCAGCAAAUGCACCAGCAAAUGCACCAGCAAGUGCAGCAGCACAUGCACCAGCUGCAAGAAGAGGAAAGGAAGAUUCGAUUCGCAUCUCUCCUUCAGACGGCUUCUGCUGUAGACCCAGUAUGGCAUACACCUGUUGGGGUGUAUGCGCAGCUUCACGACAGAGCAGCAACUGCAGCAGCUUUGCAGCUCCCCUCAGGCUUCCUGCUGAAGCCUGUACAGCCUGUUUAUGACUUUACACAUCUGAAGGUGGUUGCGGAUGCUUCGUCUGCAAUGCUAGCAGCAGGAGACACGUCGUACCUUUCACCAGAAGCAGCAGCAGCAGCAGCAGCAACAAGGCGGCUGUGGCUGCACAGCCCUGCUUUUACUUCUUCUGGCGUUGUUAUAAGAGGGGUCCCUGCUAGAGAUGGAGGCUACUAUGAUAUUCUUCUUGUCUGUAACACAGGAGGCCUCUUCCCUAUAACCCGUACUGUUGGGGUGUAUGCGCAGCUUCACGACAGAGCAGCAACUGCAGCAGCUUUGCAGCUCCCCUCAGGCUUCCUGCUGAAGCCUGUACAGCCUGUUUAUGACUUUACACAUCUGAAGGUGGUUGCGGAUGCUUCGUCUGCAAUGCUAGCAGCAGGAGACACGUCGUACCUUUCACCAGAAGCAGCAGCAGCAGCAGCAGCAACAAGGCGGCUGUGGCUGCACAGCCCUGCUUUUACUUCUUCUGGCGUUGUUAUAAGAGGGGUCCCUGCUAGAGAUGGAGGCUACUAUGAUAUUCUUCUUGUCUGUAACACAGGAGGCCUCUUCCCUAUAACCCGUACUAACGGAAGCUGGCUGCAUUCUCUAUUAUGCGAGCCCUUCUACAGCCAAGAAGGCCGUCUCCCUACCAGCAACAGCACCAGCAGCAGCACCACCAGCAGCAGCAGCAACAGCAGCAACAGCAGCGGGUGGAAUUUGAGCGGGAGGAGUCCUCAUCGGCGUCUGAUAGGAAUAGAGUUUGAAGUGAAGGCGCCUCAUCGCUGUGGGGUAGGCUUUCUUGGAGAUGAAGGAGAUAGAAAUGCAACAGAGGUAAAGGGCAAGACAUUGCUUGAUCUCUUCUGGGGCUUCUGUUGGUUGCACGGGUACCGUGUAGGCUGGCUGAUAGAUGAAGCUCAAGAUUUAUUUACACGUGAAUAUAUGAAAUUCUCUUUAGGAGCUGAAGCAGGACAUACUUUCUAUGAAGAAAGCGGCUUUCACUUUACUACUCAGACUAUUACAGAGAGAGGAAAGACAAUCCCUUGUCUUGGCUUCCCCAGCAGCAACAGCAACAGCAGCAGCAGCAGCAGCAGCAGCACCAGCGUGGGCCACUCCUAUACCGGGGUCAGCGCCAUCGCCGGAGGAAGCAGAAGCAGCAGCAGCGGUGGACAAGUAACCCCUUAUACCGGGCUGUGUCUGCUUGGUUCUGAUCUGCUGCAGUCUUCUGGCUUUGACCCCACAGUAAUGUUUCCUCUGCGAGAAAAGGCCUUUGAAGUGCUGCAGAGUCUUUCGUUUGAUUGCCGCGCUGCUGUUUGGCAUGGCUGCAACAGCAGCACCAGCAGCAACAGCAGCAGCAGCACGAACUUCUUCCCGCUGCUGCAGCAGCUACCCAACGGUAAAUGCGCCUUUGAGGAUAAUAGGUUCUGGCGAGAGCUUGCAAAGAUGAAUGAAGACGCCUGCGGGUUUGGUAGGCGCAUAGGUGAAUGUCAUAAAUGGGUUAGGAAGCAUUUGGGGUGUACAGACACCCAAAAGAAAGGGUGCUCUUAUCUGAAGUUUCUUUACUCGAACUUUUUGUAUCCAGGAGGAGACCCUACAAAGAAGCUGCCUCAGCCUGUGCAGCAGCAAUGGGAUAGCAUAGCCCUCAGCCUAGUGAUGCAGGAGCAGCUAAACCCUAGAGGUCUGCUGCUGCAGCUGCUGAAGCUGGAGUUAGAAGACUGCGCAAAAGGCACAAGCAACUUGCAGCGGCAGCUGCAGCAGGUUGGGCUCAGCUGCGAUAUUGCUCACAGAGAUGGUGAAGCCCUCAGAGAUAUCCUUCAGGCUUCUGUCUUGCUGAUUGAUUUCACAGGGCUUCCUCAGUUUUGGGUUUCCAGGGAGGGCUCUGCGAUAAUGCAUCAAGCAGCAGCAGCAAGGGGAACACCGACAAUACGAAGAGAAGCAGCAGCAGCAGCAGCAGAUGCAGCACAUGCACCACAUGCACCGCAUGCAGCACAUGCAGCAGAACUAUAUCUGCAUACUGUCUGCCCUGCUUCCUUCGCAUGGGAGUUUAUCGUGCGCAUGCAAAGCCAAAUGUACAAAGGCAUCGAAGCUUCAGCAGCAGCACCAGCAGCAGCAGCACCUGCUGCAGCAGCUGCCCACUCAGUUGCUGUUCACGUCAGACACCACUCCCACGGAGCACCUCCCCCUCAGUGA